AACUAUACUAAAAGUCCAAGAAGUACAAUGCAAUUUGCCUUGUCAAAAUCUACGUAGGAUAUAAGUUGCAAAAUAAAAUCGAUUCAUUUCCAGAAUUCAACCAACAGAAUUCUUUUUCCUCGAUUCAUGCCCCAAUAGAAAGAAAGUUGGUUUUCUCGGUUGGAAAGUGUAGGCGCGAAGGCUCUGGACAGUGCCUGAAUCAGUUCUCUGUGACAUGGAAUCACCUGUUGUUGCAGGUAAUCAUCUCCGGGAUACAUCUGUAGUUGUUGUCACUUUGGAUUCAAGUGAAGUAUAUAUUGUUGUCAGUUUGUCUUCCAGGAAUGAUACCCAGGUGAUCUAUGUUGACCCUACCACUGGGGCUCUUUGCUAUAAUGCAAAGCCAGGCUUUGAUGUUUUCAGAUCACAAAAUGAAGCUUUAGAUUACAUAACCAAUGGUACAAAAUGGUUGUGUAAGAGCAUAACUUAUGCAAGGGCUUUAUUGGGCUAUGCAGCCCUUGGGAGUUUUGGUUUGCUGCUUGUUGCAACAAAGUUAACUGCCACCAUUCCAAGUUUGCCCGGUGGAGGUUGUGUAUAUACUGUUACUGAGAGCCAAUGGAUCAAAAUUUCACUUCAGAAUCCUCAACCCCAGGGAAAAGGAGAAUUGAAAAAUGUUCAAGAAUUGACAGAUCUUGACAUUGAUGGGAAGUAUUACUUCUGCGAAACAAGGGACCUCACUCGGCCCUUUCCGAGUCGUAUGGAUUUGCAAAAUCCUGAUGAAGAAUUUGUUUGGAAUAAAUGGUUCUCAAGCCCCUUCAAAAACAUUGGACUUGCUCAGCACUGUGUCACUCUUCUGCAGGGCUUUGCAGAUUGCCGCAGUUUUGGAAGCUUGGGCCAGCAGGAAGGAAUAGUUGCUCUUCUUGCUCGUCGCAGUAGGCUGCAUCCUGGUACUCGCUAUUUGGCUAGGGGUAUAAACUCAUGUUAUAGCACAGGGAAUGAAGUUGAAUGUGAGCAGCUUGUGUGGGUUCCUAGAAGAACUGGUCAAAGCAUUCCUUUCAACACUUACAUUUGGCGAAGAGGCACUAUUCCUAUUUGGUGGGGUGCAGAGUUGAAGAUCACUGCUGCCGAAGCAGAAAUAUAUGUUUCAGAUCGUGAUCCUUAUAGAGAAAGUCCUCAAUAUUUUGAAAGAUUGACUAAGAGAUAUGAUACAAGAAACCUAGACGUAGCUGUUGGUGGGAAUCAGAAAAAAAGUGCUGUGGUUCCAAUUGUAUGUGUGAACUUGCUGCGAUACGGGGAAGGAAAAUCAGAAUCCAUUCUGGUUCAGCAUUUUGAGGAAUGUUUAAAUUAUAUCAGAUCGACAGAAAAACUUCCAUAUACUAGAGUUCAUUUGAUCAACUAUGAUUGGCAUGCAAGUGUAAAAUUGAAAGGAGAACAGCAAACGAUUGAGGGACUUUGGUACCUUUUAAAAGCACCUACAGUAUCUAUUGGCAUUUCUGAAGGAGAUUAUCUUCCUUCACGUGAGCGGAUUCAUAAUUGCAAAGGUGAAAUCAUUUGCAGUGAUGAUUUUGAUGGUGCAUUCUGCUUAAGAUCUCAUCAGAAUGGAGUAAUACGUUUCAAUUGUGCGGAUUCGUUGGAUAGAACAAAUGCUGCUAGUUAUUUUGGUUCUCUUCAAGUGUUUGUGGAGCAAUGCAGACGGUUAGGCAUAUCACUUGAUAGCGACAUAGCAUAUGCUUAUCAAUCAAAUAAUAGCUAUGGUGGAUAUACUGCUCCAUUGCCUCCUGGGUGGGAGAAAAGAUCUGAUGCUGUAACUGGAAAAACAUAUUAUAUUGAUCAUAAUACGAGGACGACUACCUGGAAUCAUCCCUGUCCUGAUAAACCAUGGAAGAGAUUUGACAUGACGUUUGAGGAGUUUAAGAGAUCAACCAUCUUAUCACCUGUUUCUCAGCUAGCUGACCUUUUUCUGAUUGCUGGAGAUAUUCAUGCUACACUAUAUACUGGUUCUAAAGCUAUGCAUAGCCAAAUUCUUAGCAUAUUUAAUGAAGAUGCUGGAAAAUUUAAACAGUUUUCUGCUGCACAGAAUAUGAAAAUUACUCUACAAAGAAGAUACAAAAAUGCUGUUGUAGAUAGCUCUCGCCAGAAGCAGUUAGAGAUUUUUCUUGGACUGAGGCUAUUUAAGCACCUUCCUUCCGUUGUGCUCCGGCCUUUACAUGUACCUUCACGUCCAUUUGGGUGCUUUCUUAAGCCUGUUGCAAGCAUGAUUCCAAGUUCUGAUGGCGGAGCUGGCCUUCUUACCUUCAAAACAAAAGAUCUCAUAUGGGUUUGUCCACAGGGUGCAGAUGUGGUUGAGCUCUUUAUUUAUCUUGGUGAACCUUGUCAUGUCAGUCAGCUUCUUCUCACAGUUUCACAUGGGGCUGAUGAUUCAACUUUUCCAUCGACUGUUGAUGUGAGGACAGGGCGCUAUCUAGAUGGACUUAAACUUGUCGUUGAGGGAGCUUCUAUUCCUCAAUGUCCAAGAGGGACAAACAUUUUGAUACCCUUACCAGGACCUGUUAAUGCAGAGGAUAUGGCUAUUACCGGGGCUGGUGCUCGUUUACAUACACAGGAUACAUCCUGCCUUUCUCUGUUGUAUGACUUUGAAGAACUGGAAGGAGAAUUGGAUUUCCUUACUCGUGUUGUUGCACUUACAUUUUACCCUGCUAUGGGCGGAAGGAGCCCAAUGACGCUUGGUGAGAUAGAAAUACUUGGAGUAUCUCUGCCGUGGAGGUUUAUAUUUACUCGGGAAGGACCUGGUGCAAGGUUUUGUAAGCACACCAAUGCUAAUCAAAAGGAAGUUAACCCGCUUCUCUCUGGAACGGACAUGAAUCCUUUUGCUGAUGCUUUGUCUGAUAAUAAAGUGAUGGCACAUGUACAAUCUGAUAAAUCUGCCAGCUCAUGGAUUGACCUUUUGACUGGAGAAGAAAGACAUUCAGAUUCCUUUUCAGAACCUGUAAUAGAAACUGCUAUGCCCGAAAGAAGUGAGUUGCUUGACUUCUUGGAUGAUGCUACUAUCCACAACCAUAAUGGUGUAAAUAAUGACGCAAAGGCCGUAUCAUAUAAUGAACCUUCAAAUAGUAGCACGCAACAGUACAUCAAGUGUUUCAAACUACUUUCAGGACCACAGAUGGAAAGACAAUUAGAUUUUAUGGAAGCUAUGAAACUUGAAAUUGAGCGGCUCCGUUUAAAUCUUUCUGCAGCUCAGAGGGAUAGAGCCUUAUUAGCAGUUGGAGUGGAUCCUGCAAGCAUAAAUCCUAAUCUAUUGCUUGAGGAUUCUUAUACUGGAAGAUUAUGCAGGGUGGUGCAUACACUUGCGUUACUUGGGCAUACGUCUCUUGAAGACAGAAUUACUGCUGCCAUUGGUCUUGAGAUGAUGGAUAAUGGUGUUGUAGACUUCUGGAACAUAACGGGGAUUGGUGAGAGCUGUUUGGGUGGCAUGUGUCAGGUUCGGGCAGAAAGUGAAUCAUCUGCACAAGCAUCCACCACCUCAACUUCUUCUAAAGGUUCUCAAUCUUUCUUUGUGUGUUCUGAAUGUGAAAGAAAGGUUUGUAAAGUUUGUUGUGCUGGGAAAGGCGCUCUCCUGCUUUCAAGCUAUAACUCGCGGGAUGCCUCAAAUCCUGGUAGUGCAAGUACACAGGGGGGAUCAAGUCAUGGAAGCAUAAGUGAUUCAUCUUCAAACCGUUCAGUGUCACUAGAUGGGAUUAUUUGUAAACUCUGCUGCCAUGAUAUAGUGCUCGAUGCAUUGAUUGUGGACUAUGUUAGGGUCUUGAUUAGCCAGCGAAGAGGAUCACGUGCUGAUGAUGCAGCACAUAAAGCCCUGGACCAUAUUGUGGGAUUUUCUGCUGUGGAUUGUGUUCCUCAAAGUAGUCAACAUACAACAAAGGUUUUGAGACAGUUGACAAAUGCAGAAGAAUCACUUUCUGAGUUUCCUUAUGCCAGCUUUCUCCACCCGGUGGAAACAGCAGUAGGUUCGGCGCCUUUCUUGUCAUUACUGGCACCACUGGAUGCUGGUUCGCCUCAUUCAUACUGGAGAGCUCCGCCAAGUGCUUCAUCUGUUGACUUUGUCAUUGUCCUUAGCAAUCUUUCUGAUGUUUCGGCUGUGAUCCUUCUAGUUAGUCCAUGUGGCUAUUCAAUGUCUGAUGCUCCUAUUGUCCAAAUAUGGGCAAGCAAUAAGAUCAACAAGGAAGAAAGAUCAUGUGUGGGUAAAUGGGAUGUGCACACUCUGAUUAAGUCUUCUUCUGAACUUUGUGGACCAGAAAAAUCUCAAGAGGAGAAAGUGCCCAGACAUGUAAAAUUUGUCUUCAGGAACCCUGUUCGAUGCCGCAUCAUUUGGAUAACUCUACGCCUUCAGAGAAUGGGUUCAAGUUCUGUUAGUUUGGAGAAAGAUUUUAAUCUGUUAUCUUUCGAUGAAAACCCCUUUUCUGAACCUAGCAGACGUGCCUCUUUUGGUGGACUGGCUGAAAGUGAUCCAUGCCUUCACGCUAAAAGAGUUCUAGUAGUUGGAAUCCCUACAAAAAAAGAAACUGAGGUAUCAUCUGGAGGUUUGGACCAAACAAGUGUACGAAAUUGGUUGGACAAACCCCCAGCAUUGAAUAGAUUCAAGGUUCCUGUUGAGGCUGAGAGGUUAACUGAUAAUGAUCUUGUUUUAGAGCAAUAUUUAUCCCCAGCUUCACUUACAUUGGCUGGUUUUCGAUUGGAUGGUUUUAGUGCAAUAAAACCUUGGGUCACACAUUCACCCUCAUCGGAUGUAAAUAUGUUGGAUAUGUCGUCGAACAUUUUGGACGAUAGAUUGAUAUCCGCUGCUGUAUUGUACAUUCAAGUAUCUGCUCUCCAGGAACCCCAUAAUAUGGUGACAAUUGCAGAGUAUCGGCUACCAGAAGUGAAGGCAUGGACGCCCAUGUACUUUGAUUUCCCUAGACAGAUAAAUACUCGCCGUAUUUCAUUUCGACUUCUUGGAGAUAUUGCUGCAUAUGCUGAUGACCCAGCAGAACAGGAUGACUCGGAGUAUAGAGCUCGGCAACUUGCAUCUGGGCUGUCUUUGUCAGGUAGGGUUAAACUUUAUUAUUAUGGUGAUCCAUAUGAACUUGGUAAAUGGGCGAGCCUUUCAGCUGUCUAGUUAGGAGAGGACAUCAAUUCAAAUACUCAGAGUUGGUUUUUUGUAGGGUAACAAAUUACAUAAUUCUUUCUUGUAUUUUUGGGAUCUGUUGUAGCAGUUAUUAAUUGAUUGAUGUUUACAGUGUAUAAAAGGAGUAACUAUAUGCCCCUCUUGAAACAUCAAGAAAAGCUAGAGGAGGAAAACAGGUUUCCCACAAUAUAUGAAGAUGAUAUUGUUUGUGUACUGUUUUAA